ACCGCGGCGCGGCUGUCAUUCCGCCCGCGGAAUUCCGCAAAGUCUCUCCCCGGCAUCGUCGUCGUCGAGUGCUACCCUCCGGCUAUCUCGCGAGGGGUACUCUUCGUGGUCUCGGUCGAGCACGAGAAACGAGACAUCUCAGGUUUGCUCGUUCGCUUGCUCGUUACCGCCUGCGCACCGGUUUCGCCGUCGCGCGGUCGCCGAAGGGAAAGGUUCCUUGCAGACGGUGGUUGUUCAACGUGACAUUGUCCUUUCCACCCUGCUCCUCGUCGUCCCAGAGGAGAGAGGGUGGUCUCUCUCUGGGUGGACGUGAGGACGGCGUUUCCGUUUCGCCAGGUCCUGGCGAACGUCAUGUUCGAUACCGCGCACCGCGUAUCCACGCUGCGGUAAACUCGCCGUCCCGGUCCCGGUAACCAGAAAGCAGGCGUCGCACCGUCGCCGGCAGGCGGGAAGAUUCGCCGAAAAGAAGAGGACUGUCAUCCCAGCAUCUAGCCCCAUCAAGCGUCAGACCACCAGCCGGCGAUGCCUGCACCGACGUCAGUGGCGGGUGCGGCCCCUGAGGGUGGCCCGCCUCGCACCGAACUGCAGGAGUUACAACUCAAGGCCGGCCAGGUUACGGAUGAAUCUCUGGAAAGCACGAGGCGUAUGCUGGCGUUAUGUGAGGAGAGCGAGGAGAUCGGAGCGAACACUCUGACGAUGUUAGACCACCAAGGCGAACAGCUGGACCGGAUCGAGGAGGGCAUGGACCAGAUUAACGCCGACAUGAAAGAGGCCGAAAAAAAUCUUACUGGAAUGGAGAAGUGCUGCGGCCUUUGCGUUCUUCCCUGUAACAAAGGCGCCAGCUUUAAAGAAGAUGAGGGCACGUGGAAGGGCAACGAUGACGGCAAGGUCGUGAACAACCAGCCGCAGCGGGUGAUGGACGACCGCAACGGUCUCGGGCCGCAGACCGGCUAUAUCGCCAAGAUCACGAACGACGCGCGCGAGAGUGAGAUGGAGGAUAACAUGGGCCAGGUGAACACGAUGAUCGGCAACCUGAGGAACAUGGCGAUUGACAUGGGCAGCGAGCUCGGGAAUCAGAAUCAGCAGAUUGACAGGAUUAACCGCAAGGGCGAGUCGAAUGAAACGAGGAUAGCCGUGGCGAACCAACGUGCGCACGCCCUGCUCAAGUAAAAUGCGUCUUCUGUCUGUCUCCAUCCGUAUCCGCCUCCUCCGAGCUCUACAAGUUGCAUAUCACAGAGACGCCGUUUCGAACAAAAAAAGAAAAGAGAAAUGGAAAUUAUACCACGCGUACUCUUAUGUGUAUUAUACGUAGGGAGGCCUGACAUUCGGAUCUCGGGGCUGGGAUUAUUCGAGGCGCGAGUGAAGGAAUAGAUGUUAAGGGGGAAUGCCUACCUAGAAAGUUCGAAAAAAUCGAUUGUUCAAUUUUUGCAUUCCAAGCAAGGUGGAGGACUUAUAUCAUAGACCUGGAAUCGAUGAUUCUAUGUAAGUUGAAAAAUUUCGCGAUUUAUUCAUUGCUCAAUUUUCAAACGCGUUUUUCUCGAAACCAUGUUAAAAAUCGGUGACCAAAAUAUCUCGGCAACCGCUGAACCGAUUAAUUUAAAAUUUCUAGUGGUUAUUCUAUACAUAAUUAUCUAGUCUUUGUCGUAGGAUUUUUUUUAAAGUGACUUAGUUUUUUUUAUCGGCAAAAUAAACCCGAAUUUUUCUCUAAAAAUCGCUAUUUUAAAUUCAAACGCCCGCCAUUUUGUCAAAAAUCGAUAUUUUCAAAAACCCCUACGUCAAAGACUAAAUUAUAGUGUCAAUUUUAAUAAUCUUUUUGGUUUUUUUUAUUCUGAUGAUUACAAAUGAAAUGGGAGUGGUCACCGCGGAGGACCUUUUUUUUUGCGGCAAUCGACAGAACCCAAGAAUACUCCGCCAAUAUUGAAUAUUUUUUAAUAAAAAAAAUUUAACAUAUUCUUAAAAGUGUGUACUUUCAUGUAGAAAAAAUACCAAUACCAUAAUUCAUAUAGGUUUCCUUAAAAAAAUUUACAAAAAUUGCCUUUUUGUCGCGCUUCUAGGUAGGCAUUCCCCUUAAGUGCUAAAUUAAAAUCCACGCGCUUAGGUAUUAGUCAUCGAAUUGAAUUAUUUGAAUGUUGAUUUAUCGAGUAGAUUUAACGCAUAGCAUUGUAUACGCGCGCGAAUAUUAUAUUAUGCUCGAUUUGCCGUGAGUUACGUCACCGUACAUCCGACUAUAAUAUUUAAUUAAUCAGAAUGGCCGAGGGGAUGAUAAUAUUACAAUUGGAACGUGAUAUCUAGCUGUCGAAACGUUUGGAAUAUAUUGGAUUAUUCGAAUAUUCUCAGCUCUGCGAGUGAGUCCCCCGUCCAUCAUCCAUUCCCUUUUUGCUAUUUUCUCGUCGUUGCCUGGACACCAACCCGAUCCGCAAGCAACCUAUGCAACAACGGAAAACUACCACCACCAAAUAUAACUACCACUUCUACUUACUUCUAUCACCAUUACUAAGCUCUCCGUCGAUAUGUACGACGAUAUCUAUACAGUGAACAGCCGCUCGAUAGCCGCGAUACACGAAAGAGCUUCUUCGUGGGAAUGGCCGAUCUGGUAUUUGCAUAGCCGGGAUCGCGCGAGGAAUAUAUCUUGCCAGUACUCUCGAAACUCGUAAAUUCGCGAAAAAUCUUUAUUGAGUCAAAUGCAACGAUGGUCUCGGGGUUUGUUUUUUCUUGGUCAGAGAAAGAUCGGCUCCAAAUUUGUCAGAGAGAAUUCGUCGCUAUAAUAAAAUAAACUCGAAGUGCACUUCGUGCAUCUCGAAGUCGAUAGAAGGGAAUUUGUCCUUUUAAUAAUUGCUGCAAUUAAUAAUUAACUUAAUUGCGAUCUAAUAUUCCUAAAUUUUAUUCUUCAUUGUCUGAAGAAUAAUCCUGGACGAUUUAUAAAUUAUCUCUCGAGGGAUAUUUUAUUUCGACAAGGAGAAACGUGAUAUACUUAUGUAUCGUGGCUAUCGCAAGCGGUAAGAGCAUCGCACUGGGAUGUGUCAUCGCUUCCCAUUGUUAUAACACAUGUUGUUACAAGACCCAUCACACGUGCUGUCAUUCUCGUUGUGAUUGUGUCACGAACGGGCGUCAUCGUCGCUGUCGCCGACGGCUCCUGGAUACUCGCCGCGGCCAUGUUGGAAUGUAACGUCAGAAGUGAGAAAUGUCACGUUGAAAAUUCUUGCAUGGUAUUUUCAAAUAAACAGAUAUUUGCUUAAAAUAACACUACAGAUCACUUCAGUACAUUUCAAAAAUACUCCGAGCUGGAUCCCUUUCUCUUGACAGUUAUUAAACAACCGUAAAACGAAUGUGAUACGAUGCGGGAUUAUGCGCAGGUGCAUGACUAGGUUUCGUAUUACAUUCAUUUUGCUGCUGUUUAUUAAUUGUCAAGGAAAAGGGAUAGACCUACCCUAAUCUCGGAGUAUUUUCAAAGUGUGCUGAAGUGAUCUGAAGUGUUGUUUUAAGCAAAUACCUUUUUAUUUGGAAAUGACAUACAAGAAUACUCAACGUGUCAAUUCUCAACAUUUCUCGCUUUUGACGUCACAGUCUCGCAAGAUGUCGGGAAAGAGCCCAGUAGUGCGAUUCUCGUUAUGCGUCGUUAUGUUCUCAUAACGACAGUUGCGCAGCUUUUUUAUUAUAUAGUAUACCUACGCAACUGUCGUUAUAAAAUAAACGCACAUAACGACAGCAUAACGAGUUACAGAAUCGCACUACAUGAGCCUUAAUUCUUUUGAACUCCCGGUAUCGGGACCGCACCGUUCUCUGUCAGUCGCUUUCGCUCCGAUGUUCCCCGAGGUUGAUCAGGUUAACACGCUUGACACGUCGCGAAAAAGCAGAAAUUUUAUCCCGACGGUUUGCGCGGAGCCGCACGACUCAAGUUGAUAUGUUCGCGACCGUAUCGACUAUUAGCCGUGUACGGUGUACGCAGGGAGAAAUGAGCCUGAGAAAUGAGCUUCGGGAUUCUUGGAGAAUUUCUGACACGUAGUCUUCCUGAAAUCGCGCACGAAUGGAAAGAGAUUUUGCGGCGGAAACUUAACGCUUGUUUGACGCGUGAAAAUAAAUCUCGCUAUAAUGACGGACGGUGUUUGCCGUAAAUAAUUUCAAAAUAAUCUGCGAUGAAUUUAUGAGACUAUUUAUAAAAAUUUAUCAAAAGAAUUACGCCGAUUAUAAAAGGGAUAUUAAAACAAUACCUACUCACAAUUUUAUUUUAAGUUUUUAUUUCUCAAAAAUAAAAGUUUCAAAUGUUUUAUCUGAUAAGCGGUUUCGACGGAGUAAACUUAUUUGCUAAACUAAAAAGAUGCUCUACUGGCACCGACGAUGACAGGGAUGUAUGUAUUAUAUUUAAGAAAAAUAUUUUUAAUAUUUGGAAAAUUUAUAAGAGAGAUUGGAGGUGCUUCGAUUUAGAUUCCAAAUACGAAAGUGCUUCAAUGUUAUCACUAAUAAUAAUAAUUGUUUGCAUAUUAUUCUCUUUUUUUUAACAUUGCGGAAGAAAUCUUCCUCUCUGUUACUACUAGAAGUUAAUCUGUUUUUCGAGUAUCAUGACAUUCUUACAGUAUAAAUAAUUUACUUCUUUCAAAAAUAGGUCUUUACACAACUUUAUGCAUUCUGGAUCGAAUUUAAUUUAAACGGCGGUAAAAAGUGACAGAAAGAAUAAAAAUCCUACUACAUUAAAUAAUUUUUAGAUAAAGAUAACAUUCCAGCAAACACAGAAUACACCGAGUGCGCAAUUUGCUAUCAAAUUGCGCACUCGGUGUUUUCUGUGUUUGUUGGGAUGAUUUUUUAAUCUAAGAUGAAGAUGAAUAUAUUUUGUAUUUUUUUCGUGUAAAUAAGAUAAUACAUGAUUCUAUUUCUUUAUCUAGAUGAUCAUCUGGAUAAUUUUAUCUAGAUACUGGCAAACACUGAAUGAUGAAUUAUCCGAUGUUAUCUUUUUUGUUAGCAAGAUAGGAAAAUAUCGAAUAAAUUCGCAGCUGAAACGGAAAUAUCAACUAGCAAACGCGUCUCGCUGUCGCUGCUUCGGUGUGGCGGAAUAGAAAUCAAUUUGUCAUUAUAGCGAAGUAAUUUUCGAAUGAGAUUCUUCUUAACAAGCUUUUUUUUAUUCGUCCCCGGCGUGUAACACGAAAUUCACUGCGUCAGCGCAAAAAGGCUCCGCAGAACAUUUCAUCAAAUUGACAUCCCCGCAAUCGACCCCCGUUUCUUCGCGCGCUAACGAAAACGCAUCGACGUUACGAGCGACAAAUUUUCCAAGAAUCUCUCAGUUGUCGUAAAAUCCUCAAGAGAAAUAACGAUUCCGCAGCGUUAAGCUGUUCCAAUCCCUGGAAGAGCUUCGAUCCGCAUCGUCGAUCGACCCUCGUCGUUCGCAGCUUGCAUAUAUGACAAUGCGUUCUUGUUUUUUCUUGUUCUUUGACACGCAGGGUGAAUCAAACGAGACGAGGAUACAGGUGGCCAACGAGCGAGCCCAUCAACUACUCAAGUAAGCGGCCACACUCUCUGUCGACUAUCCGCGCCCCGUCGGCCGCCACGAGCGUCACCACCAUCACCCUCCACCACCACCAACAACAACAACAACAACAACAACAACAACAACACAAUAGCAACAACAACAACAUCGACACCAACAACAAUCAGCACAAUUACAUUCGACAGUCUACUCGAUCGUUUACUCGCGAUCUAUAAUCGCGUUACGUCUGUUAGAACGUUGUUUUUUCGUUCAUCUUCACCGAUACCGAGUACCGGCCGGUACUUUUCGAGCUCGGUAUCGUCAGAAUAUGUAAUACUUAAUGAAAAUACUUAACCCUAAACUUGACUGAGUGGAUUCUGUAAACUAUAAUUCUCAGAAUUUCGUAAUGUCCUUUUUCGUUCGUAAUAAGAGAUCGUUUGAAUCACGCGUCACAUCGCCAUAGGCGUCUAAAAAUCAUCGCGACGAUAUGUAAAGGGACUUGGGAUCUUUGGGACGUUUUUCGGAUUUUUGGCACAGUUUCUUAAGCUAUAUUAUAUUAAAUUAUAAUACACUCCGCGAACGAUAAUGCCGAGAAAAUCGACGUGAAAGAAAAAUAAACGCUGAAUUGGUUGUCGGUGAACUGGUGAGUAUCUGCUCUGCAUUUCCUUCGUAUAACGAAAUUUUUUUACUUUCUUAGCUUUCGCAAGUUUAGGGUUAAUAUACGAAGCAAAUUCGCACGUUACAAAUUCGGAGAUUCUGACUUUCGGCUUCAGAUCUGACCGUACAAGUCCGGUUCCUCAUUUAGCGUCGAAAACAUCUAAUUUAAUUUUCCAUCUUUAACCUUACUAAUUCACAUUUUGCAACUAAAAAUUAGAUUUAAUCUCCGAGACGGGCUUUUUGUCUUUACAAUGGCAAUAAUCCGCCGAUGCAGAGCUUCGAAGAUUCGAGGCGAAUGUUUCGAGGCAUUUAGAUGUGGCUAAUCGGUCAUCAAAGCUGGAUUAAAAACGGAUCUCUAACUUAAGAUUAACGGAACAGUCUUAUUGUACCGAUCACAACGAAGAAGCCGAUGAAAUCUUUUUCUAGCAUGGCAAAAGCGUCGAGUUAUCGCGUAGUUUAAAAAACGGAAAAAACGCUAAAAUCCAAUCUCCGGUUCGGGAACGAACAGCUUCGUUCUCUAUGCCGGCAGAGUUAGCGCGUUGAACGAUGGAACUUAAAUAAAAAUUAAUACACGCGCGCACACACACACACACACACACACACACACACACAUAUAUAUAUAUAUAUAUAUCUUUCGUUAGUCACACACACGUACAUACACGUACACAUACCGGGAAGAUUAAAUGCACGAAAAAUUGCAGCAAUUAAUUCAAUUCUCUCGGUUUAAUCGACUCUAGACAGUAGGACGGGAUUGUAUCGAAAGCGCAAGAAACAAACGGAGGGGAAAAAAGAGAAAGGAACAAGAUAAUAGUACAAAAAUUAUUACACUUAUCUCCCGUUUAGAAAAAACAUUUCGAGUACAAGCUUUAUUUAUUUGUCUCAUCGUAUAUUGCCGCUCUCCGCGAUUACAAUUUGCACUCGAGGAUCACCCUCGAAGCGUGUCAACGAUCCUGUCUACAAACGAAAGAAGCAACAUCCUAAUCUCCCUCUCCCUCGAGUCUCCCCCGAAACACAAGGGGGGACCCUGCGUUGUUUUC